AUGAACAACAAUUGUAUUUAUAUAUAUAAUUUAACAAAAAACGUAAGUGUAGACCAUUUGAAAGAAAUUUUUAUGCAUUUUGGAAAUUUAAGAGAUAUAAAUUUUAUACUAGAUAAUGAAAAUGUAAAUAAUAAUAAUUUUAUGUGUGCAAAAAUUAAAUUCGAAAAUGGAGUUGAUGCAAAAAUUGCAAAAGAAUUUAUGAAUGGAGGUCAAAUUGAUGGUAAAAUUGUAUCAAUAAAAUAUGAACACGGAAUAAAUGACAAGGAAAAAGAAAAAAGUAAAACUAAACAAAGAAAUGAGAAAAAAAGCUAUAUGAAAGAUUGUACAUCUUCUUAUUCACUUUCUCGAAAAUCUAAUAUUUCUAAUAAUAAAUCAAAAAGUUUGUCUAUCAAAAGAAGAAAAAAAAAUAAAAAAAAGUAA